AUGACUAAACAAGUAAAUAAAGAUGCAGAACGGUUAAACCCAUGUCUUAAGGAACAGGAACAGUCUUAUGCUUGCCUAAGUAAGAAUAAUUAUGAUCAAUCUAAAUGCGAAAAGUUCUUCGAUAAUUAUAACAUAUGCAAAAAGUUCUGGGGCAAAGUGUACACUGACAGAAAAACCAAAGGAUUAUAUCCUUAUAUGCCUCACAUUGAAGAUAGAGAAAAAAUAAAACAGCAAUAUUUCGACAAUGUUAAAAAUCAUUGA